CGCCAGAUAAACAUUUAAAACACAAGUACAAAACAUGCGAGAUCACGUUCACUUUGUGCGCAAUUAUCUGCGCACUUCCUUUUCGGCAAAUGCAAAAAUGCUUUUCUACUCAUUCUUUAAAUCGUUGGUGGGUAAGGACGUGGUGGUUGAACUGAAGAAUGAUCUCAGUGUCUGUGGCACAUUGCAUUCUGUAGAUCAGUUCUUAAACAUCAAAUUGACAGAGAUCAGUGUCACAGAUCCAGACAAGUACCCACACAUGUUGUCUGUGAAGAACUGUUUCAUCAGAGGUUCUGUGGUGCGUUACGUACAGCUCCCAGCAGACGAGUGCGAUACUCAGCUAUUACAGGAUGCAGCAAGGAAGGAGGCAGUGCAAAACAAAAAGAGAUGAUAGAUUGUGUUGACACUUUUGACUUCUUACAUUAUGACAAAGCUUUGAACUUCUCCUGAAGCAUUAUGUACAUAAAACGAAAAAGUCCUUAAUGCAAAACAAAGCAAUUUUGCUAGCAGAUAGUUCUCUGCUGAAUUAUAGCCUGGUAGUUUCACAGUAGGUUUCAGUUAUGCAAAAGUUAAGGUACAGUGACAUUCAUGUUGGUCAUGUGGUCACAUAUUAUCUGUUUGAACUCUAAUUUACCAUGAACACUUAUUUACAGAGUAAUUUUCAGUGUUUUUUCACGUGCCAACCUGUGAGCUGAGAUUGGCUGCUUAAAUGGAGGAAUGGACUUUUAAAGUAAACUCACUGAUUACCUUAUGAGUAAUGCCUCUCUGUUACAGUGAUUGAGACUAGUUAGAAGCAUGGUUUAUAAGUUGGCUGUUUAACUGAUCAUGUGGUAGAGAAAUUAAGUUUCUUUUUAUCAUUUUGUCACUAAUAUGGAGAAAAGAAUCGGAAAGAACAACUGAUGUUCUUGAACCAUACCAUUAAAAAACAUUUGAGCAUUCCGGAAUGGAAAUCAACUGAGAUGGACUAAAAUUAGGUCUUAAGCACUGAUGAAAGUCUGCACACGUUGGGGCUAACUUUUCAACAAUAAGGAUGAAACUUGGUUAGCUGGGAAUUUUGUCUUAGAAAAAAAACACAAAUGUGAGAUGCAAAACAUGGUGGCUAAUUUUGCUGGAACUUGUGAAUAGACAGCCAGAAAAAUAUUGGGGGAUAAAUUGUCAGCUUUAAUAUUUGUUUGUUAUUGCACUGCACUCCCUAGUCUACCAUUAUACCUGACUCACUGAAUUCUGCAAAAUCUCAAUUGAUUUUACCCGAAGUCAUGGCAAUUUGAAUUAUCUUGGGUUAUUUCCUCUACAUGGAUAGUCUGCAUAUAUAUAUAUAUAUAUAUAUAUAUAUAAAACUAUUUUUGAUUGAAUUGAUGGUAAUUUGUGAAUAACUUAGAAGAACCAUGUAAAAGUGUGAUAGUCACUUUUCAUUUAAUGUAUAUAUUCUUUCAAGAAAAUCUAGACACGUGAUCUUAUAUAUUUUGUUGCAAACUGGUAUUAAAUGUCAUUUGGUAUGAAAUGUCCCAUUCUGCUGCAAAUGGCAGACAAAGUAUUUGUUACUUUCACUUAAUAAAGAGAGGAAACAACUGGACAUUGCCAAAUAUAUUUCAUUGUUAAAAAAGUUCAGAUAUGAUUAUGAAUAUCUUACAUUUUAGAAACGUGCUAUAUAAAUGUUAUUGGGAACGUCUUCACCAUGAUAUAUUUAGUUGCUGUUGUAAAUUCUAAAUCUAACUAGAUUGUAUGAUGUAUGAUGUAAAUAUCAGAACUUUGAAUAAGAUUUAUGAAAACGUCACUGUACACUUUUAUGCAUACAGUGUUAUACGUUUUCAUUUCUACAUGAAAAAGCAAUAAAGUACAAAAAAUGUUAAAAACAUUACUUAAAUAAUUGUAGUUGAUUAAAAAAAAGAUAUGGACACCAAUGAUUUAACACAUGUAAUCUUUAUUAUUUAAAGAAUGUUUCAUCUUAAA